AUGGGGAAAACACAGUCUAGGUCCUAUGAUUUAGCCACUGUGAACAGCUCACCACAGUCCUAUAUCGGAGAAAGUGUCUUUAAUGAGGCGGUGAAACCUGUGGACAAACCAGUCAUCAAACCUCCAGAAAAGAGUGUUGCUAGGCAAUCAAACAGCUGUCCUGUGAAGCCUGUUUCUAAAUACAAAACUGGUAACAAUCCCUGGGACUGGAAUCCGUCAUUGACUGCCAAUACUCCCAACAGUAACUCACAGAAAACGCCUGUUCCUGAUUCCACUGAGGUCAUUGUGUCUGGACAACAAGAACCCAACUCCGAAGCUGAACCUGACAUUGCCGUAGUUUCAACAACAACUGUAGAAAACGUUGCAGAACUAGAAAGUACCAUGUCGGAGAGUGACGUUAUUGAAGCAGUUGUGUGUGAUGAAGGUGAACUCCAAGACGGAGUGAUGAAAGAAGUGGCUUUAGGAGAAGGCAAAGUCCUUUUAGUAAAAGAAGGAAGUGACAUCCAUGCACUAGGAGCACAGUGUACUCACUUCGGAGCUCCCCUCGUAAAAGGUGCUUACUGCAAGGGCCGAGUGCGAUGCCCUUGGCACGGCGCAUGCUUUGAUGUACGGACUGGAGACAUCGAGGAUUACCCAGGACUGGACAGUAUCCACAAAUUUGGUGUGUCCGUAGCCGAUGGAAAGGUCAAGGUCAAAGCCAAUAAGACAGCCUUAAAGAAUUUCCGUCGUCAACGUAACAUGUGUAAGGCAAAGGGAGACGACACUGAUAACGUCCUUAUAAUAGGAGGAGGUCCUGCCUCCGUAGUAUGUGCUGAAACUCUUAGACAGGAGGGAUUCACGGGAGAGGUUUCCAUAGCAACUAAAGAGGAGCACUUACCAUAUGACCGAAUCAAACUAAGUAAGGCCAUGGAUGUUAAGCCAGCGGCCAUUGCUCUCCGUGGGGAAGAUUUCUACAAGAAUGCAGACAUCAACAUCCUCACUCAAAAAGAGGCUGAAGCAGUCGAUACCGAGAAUAAAUCUGUUACAUUCAAAGAUGGAAGCUCACAGACAUAUGGCUCGCUAGUACUGGCUACGGGAGGCAGUCCAAGGGUCUUGCCUAUCCCAGGUAUAGAUCUUGAGAAUGUCCGGAUGCUGAGGACACCUGCCGAUGCCAACUAUAUCGCUGAAAAUGCCGUAGGCAAGAACGUCGUUAUCAUUGGAUCAUCGUUUAUUGGCAUGGAGGUAGCAGCUUACUUGGCAGACAAAGCUGGAAGUGUGUCGGUUGUAGACAUCAUAAAAACGCCUUUCCAACUGGUCUUGGGGGACAAAGUAGGCGAACUGCUUAAACAGUUGCAUGAGGAUCAUGGAGUGAAAUUUUUCCUAGAGAGAGGCAUCAAAGAAUUUUCUGGAAAGGAUGGUCAUGUAACUGAAGCCGUUCUCUCUGACGAAACCAGACUGCCUGCUGACCUCUGCAUUCUCGGAGUAGGUGUAGUACCUACAACAGAUUUCCUUAAAUCCUCCGGUUUAACAAUGAAUAGAGGCUUUCUAACUGUCAAUAAGUUUAUGGAGACUAAUCUACCUGAUGUAUACGCUGCUGGUGAUAUUGUGGAGUUUCCACUGUUUACUGAGGGAGACAAGAAUGUUAACGUACAGCACUGGCAAAUGGCUCAUGCUCACGGCCGGACAGCUGCCUUAAGUAUAGUUGGUAAGAAGACAGAGAUAACUAGUGUACCUUACUUCUGGACUGUCAUGUACGGAAAAAGUAUCAGAUAUACAGGUUAUGGUGCCGGUUACGAUGACAUCGUCUUUCAUGGAAAUGUGGACGACUUGAAAAUGGUAGCAUUUUACACCAGGGGUGAGGAUGUCGUGGCAGUGGCAAGUUUAAACUUUGACCCCUUGGUGUCCCAAGCUGCCGAGAUGAUGGCUAAAGGUCUGAAGAUUUCAAAGAGCGAGAUUCAAGAGAAGCCCGAUACUUGGGUUGACAAGCUGUGCAAGCUAUAAUUUUUUACCUCAACAAGACCAAUUCCUGCUGGUAUGAAUUAUUAAUUAACAAAAUAAUUAAUUGGGUGUGCAAUUACUUGACAAAUGUUGAAUUUAAAGUUGGAAGUGAAGAAAUGACGAAAGUUAUCAAAACUCUUGAAAAGUCCAUUAUCUUUUCAUCAUAAUUUACAAUUCAGUGAGGAUUGUUGUCCAACUGGUUUUCUGUUAAAAGCUGGAUGCAGACAUUUUGUCUUGAAUCAUGCAAUUGUUUCACGGAUGCAAAUGAAAGAACAAAGUUGAUAUGCUGACACUUGUGUGUACAUGUGUUUUGUGUAAGUAUUGAUUAUUCAUCGAAUAAACAUUUUAAAGACAUCAGAAUGUAUCAUUGAAGAUAGAAAAAGUAUAAGAGAAUAUUUCUAUUGACCAGGGAUGUAUAAUGUAAUCCAUUGUAAUGAUGAUGAGUUACCAUGUAUGAGUGAGAU